AUGUUUCUUCACCAAGAAGCUGCUUGGAAAGAGCCUACAGCCCUGACCCGUGAAGUCAAACGACGAGUAUGGUGGGCGUUGUACGUUGUUGACUGUUUCUAUUCAAUCAUCUUUGGCCGCCCGCGCUCUAUUCGAGAUGAGGAGUCACAUGUGGCCAUGGUUCAAAAUCUUGAGGAUACAGCUGCCCGUCAUCCAGCUUUCAAUUCCACCGAACGUGUUGGCGAAUCAAGCUAUCCAGUCACCACCUUUUCUUACCAGCGUUACAAGUUCAUUCUCUACAUGAUAGCGGCUCGUGUCAUGCGUGACAUUUACUUUGAAAACUCAUCGAAGUCGCUGGCAUCGGUCUCGCACACCAUUCGGUCGAUCUCUCGGGACCUUGAGUCGUGGUUUCAGAGCCUCCCGCCCGAACUGAAGCACCCAGGCGACAACAUUUCUGAGUUCGUAAUACAACAAGAUCAAGAUCCCGUUAAAAGCAUUACUGUGAGGAUUUUCAGACUACAGGCCAUGGCUUUACAACUCGCCUACGAUAACAUACAAAUUCUACUUCAUCGGCCAUUAUUGCAACUUCCCCUUGGGCUGUGUUCCCCACCGCAUGCUGUUCACGGUAUGCGCAGCACGGAUGCAUCAAAUACCAAGGGCAAAACAGCGAACAAGUCAAAUCCAUGCGCCGUAGACAGUGCAACAUUGGCAGUAAGCAAAGCUCAGUGUUAUAAGUCUGCAGUUCGGACAGCGUGCCUAAACGCUUCAAUUAUUGAGGAGGCGAGGCACACUCACGCCGCAUCCUAUAUCGGUAUACAGUUAUUCACAGCCGGCAUGGUUCUCAGCAUUGUGGCUCUUUCAGCACCGCUCUCAUCAGAGGCUCAGCAGGCAAAACGGGCUAUUGGCCGGAUUGUCUCAACAACAGCCUCAGUCGGGAAUAAAUCACUCCUGUCGACCCAGAGCCAGCAAAUCCUAAGGAGGUUAGUUCGCCUCGUUCUAGAGAAGGAAAUGAAUUCCAUCUUCGUGGAACCGGUAGCCCAGCCUGAUACUGUGAGUAUUGAUAAGGCGACUUUGCCGAAUCCGAGUCGGCCAGUUCCAAGCAAAAGUGUCCCCGUUCCAACUCAAGGCGAAGGCUAUAACUUUGGAUCUACUUCUCAAACAGGGAUGGAUACUUACGACCCAGAUGGUAACAGCCAUAUAGCCAAACCAUCUGAAGUUGGUACAGGAAUACAGCAGGAUGAGUUUGUGCAAGGUACUUGGGACGAUCUUUUACCCGCGGAGGACUUCAACUACAACCAGGCCAUGUCCUCCGUCCAGCAAGAAUUCUCCCAACUUAGUCCCCCACAAGGUGUUGGUUCAGAUUGGUCUAGCUUUCCUGCCACUUCGUCUAUACUGACUGAAUCUUUGGAGUUCAGCGACGAGUCAGCCCGGCCGUUUCUCGUUGCAGCUCCUGAAAACGGCUUCCAAGGGGCUGGCCAAGCCUGGCUUUGGGAGGAUGGAUUAUUGCAGUCUAUUAACCCGGAUAGCUAA